UCCUGGCCUCUCUAGACCCGCCUCUGUUUUCACGCGACAACAACUCGUGUCGAAAGUGCGAAUCGAGAAAAAUCGACCGCAUUUAUCCCGAGCAACGUGUUUCCUUCAAAUCUCUCCCUGUAGUUUACUAUGGAACUGACCGGAGAUCAGCUAAAAAUCGCUGAGAUCGAACUGAGAAGAUACUUGCCUCGUUCACACCAGGUUUACGGUUUCUUGGUCAUCAGGAACAGGUUGAGAUCAGACCCCGUCAAGGUUUUAGUGGACAGAUGGCCAAAGUUCAAUGUAAUCGUCUGCAGACCACAGUGUAAACAGAAGUUUGAUCUCUUCAAAGAUACCCAGCUUUUUGCAAACGAUGAAACUAUACUAGAAGAAAUGAUGAGAAAUCCUUCUGUUAUUGACUGGAGCAAGUACUUUUGCAUUGGGACCAGUCUUCCCCACAUGGAAAUAGUCAAAGCAGUCGCUGCAGAAAAGAAUGUGCCCGUCACCAAACUGGCAGUAUGUCAUAUGAUGAUACUGGAGGAUGUAUCCAAGCUUCCCUCCAUAGACUGUUCAGGGAUCUCACUGAGCUCCCUGAAUGAAACACACCUUGGCUUGGUGAAUCAGACAUGGAAGUUUGCAAAGAACCAGGAGGCUACUGGAAUGAUCCGCAACAUGAUUACAAACUUCCCCUCCUGCUGUGUGCUGGAUGCUGAAGGAAAGCCGGUGUCCUGGAUCCUGACUUAUGCUUCCUGUGCCGUGGGAAUGCUGUACACUCUGCCAGAGCACAGAGGGAAAGGCUAUGCCAAAGUCCUGAUCAGCAGCAUGGCCAAGAGACUCCAGGCUCAAGGGUACCCAGUGUACUGCUUCAUAGAGGUAGAGAACAGGGUCUCCAAUCAACUAUUUAAAAGCAUGGGCUUCACUGAAGACCCCUCACACAGGGAAACAUGGUUUGGUUUCAAUGAUUUUUAAAUCCUUCAAUAGAGUGCAAAAUAAAAGUUCUCAAAUCUACUGCAGAGGUUCCUAAAGUAGUUUUUGUCAGAGUGCGAGUUCCUUCGUUUUGUAGCAAAUAAGAGAGCCAAAUAUAGAGAGAAAAGCAGAAAACUGGGUUAAAAAAGAAAAAAAAAAAGUCUUUGCUUUAGUAGCCUUGAGUGAAAAUAAUCAGGGUUUAAUGUCUUUGCAGCUCUUCAGGCAUCUCAUCUCUUUUCCGAAGAAGUGCUUGAUUUAUGACUGGAUCUGAAAUAAAGAAAAGAAAAUGAAUGUGAAUCAUGUGUAUAAACAGAUGGGUAGAAGUUAUUUAGAAACAACGAAUUAUGCGCUUCUCUGCUUCACACCAAUAACAGUUAAACAAUUCACAACAAAUCAUACUUUGGCUUUUAUCACAAGAGGAAAAGGUCUAUGUGACUGCAAGAAAGUACAUUGAGGCAUGGACGGAGAGCUUAACUCAAGAAGACAGCAAGUAUUUCAAUAGGAAAAUGAACUAAAGUGACACAUGUUUUUAUAUCUAAAGCAAAGACAUCUGUAAAUAGGUUUGGAAGUUGCAGGCAACCGUUUUCUUCCUCAGGAGAAUAUUCUUGAAGCAUGUGAUGAGAUGUCAGCUAACAUAGUCCAUUGGGAAAUGAAGCAAACAGGGAAGUUACAGAUGCAUUACAGCGAACAAAAACAAAAGCAAGUUAAGAAUUCAGAGUU